AUGCUUUUGCCCCUGAGUGGGCUGCUCUGGUGGUGGUGGUGCUGCUGCUGUGGCUGGUACUGCUGUGAAUUGUGCGCCCCAGCUCCCCAGAUGUUGCGCCACCAGGGUCUCCUCAAGUGCCGCUGCCGCAUGCUCUUCAAUGACCUGAAGGUUUUUCUACUGCGGCGCCCUCCUCCAGCGCCCCUGCCCAUGCACGGCAACCCCCAGCCCCCCCAUUUGGCGGCCAACAAUAACACCCUUCCGGCUCUGGGGGCCGGGGGGUGGCAAGGCUGGAGGGGUCCCCGAGAGGUAAUGGGCAGGGAGACCCCUCCUCUGCCACCUCCACCACCUUUGCCGCCUUCUUCUGUGGAAGAUGACUGGGGUGGCCCAGCCACAGAGCCACUUGGCUCCCUUCCCAGCAGCACCUCCUCUGAUGACUUCUUCAAGGAGAAGGCUGAGGAUCGCUACUCACUGGGCAGCAGCUUGGACAGUGGUAUGAGAACCCCACUCUGCCGUAUCUGCUUCCAAGGACCAGAACAGGGGGAGCUGUUGAGUCCAUGUCGCUGUGAUGGCUCUGUCAAGUGCACGCACCAGCCGUGCCUCAUCAAGUGGAUCAGUGAGCGGGGCUGCUGGAGCUGCGAGCUGUGCUACUACAAGUACCAUGUCAUCGCCAUAAGCACAAAGAAUCCUCUGCAGUGGCAGGCCAUCUCUCUGACAGUCAUCGAGAAGGUCCAGAUCGCAGCCGCCAUCUUGGGCUCUCUCUUCCUCAUCGCCAGUAUCUCUUGGCUCAUCUGGUCGACCUUCAGUCCCUCAGCUAAGUGGCAGCGCCAAGACCUCCUCUUCCAGAUCUGCUAUGGGAUGUACGGCUUCAUGGACGUGGUGUGCAUAGGUCUCAUCAUCCAUGAGGGGCCCUCCGUGUACCGCAUCUUUAAACGGUGGCAAGCCGUCAACCAGCAGUGGAAAGUGCUGAACUACGACAAGACAAAAGACCUGGAGGACCAAAAGGCAGGAGGCAGGACAAACCCACGGACCUCCUCAUCCACCCAGGCCAACAUCCCUGCCACAGAGGAGGAGACUGCAGGCACGCCUGCCCCCGAGGAAGGCCCUGCCCGGCCUGCCAGCCACCCCUCAGGCCCUCUGUCCCACCACCACUGUGCUUACACCAUCCUGCACAUCCUGAGUCACUUGAGACCUCAUGAGCAGCGGAGCCCGCAGGGCGGCAGCCGAGAGCUCGUCAUGAGAGUCACGACCGUGUGA